GACAGAGCGUGCAGAUGAUUUCGGUGCUCUGUCCCUUUAAGAGCCUCGUGUUGUUACAGGAAGUGUGAUGGGUGUUUCCAGCUGAUCUGCACACAACAGAAGCAGCCCAGUGUCGCCGAUCAGCAGCAGCCCCGCUAACCUGCUCUCCUCUCCGGCUGCAGAGCAGGGCAGCAGCCGGCCUCCUGCAGCGGUGCAAGGUGUUUUAAUUAACCCCCGGGAUUAAAAGACAAGGGUAAAGCCAGGGAGGAGGGGGGUGUCUUCACUGUCCUCCUCCUGCACCUCCUCCUGCUUCCUCCUCUGCUCUCCUAUUAGCAGCCGUGAACCGGUGCAGUCGGUAGCUGUCGGCCCGGACCGGACUGUCAUGAUCCCGGCGCGCAGAUGGCGUCCUUCCCCGGUUUGUGUAAGGCUGUCGGGCCCGAGGAGCAGAACGGAGAACCGGACGGAUCUCUGCAGGAAAUGCUGAAGGCCAUCGCAGACGAAAGGAACCGACUCAACAUCCGACAGGAGAUCAGUGGGCUCGGUUGUUUUAAGGAUGACCGCAUCGUGUUCUGGACCUGGAUGUUCUCCACGUACUUCAUGGAGAAGGUGGGUCCCCGGCAGGACGACAUGCUGUUCUACGUCCGCAGGAAACUCGCCUACGUCAGCGCUGAAAACACUGAGGGCAAAAAGGUGGAGGUGGAGGUGUACAGGAAGGACUCUAAGAAGCUGCCGGGCCUCGGUGACCCUGACAUCGACUGGGAGGAGAGCGUGUACCUGAACCUGAUCCUGCAGAAGUUGGACUACGUGGUGACGUGUGCCGUCUGCACGCGCUCAGACGCAGGAGACAUCCACAUCCACAAGAAGAAGUGUCAGGAAGUGUUCGCGUCUCCCAGCAAACACGCCAUGGACAGUAAAGGAGAAGAGUCCAAGAUGAGCUACCCAAACAUCUUCUUCAUGAUCGACAACUUCGAGGAGGUGUUCAGCGAUAUGACGGUUGGCGAGGGCGAGAUGGUUUGUGUGGAGCUGGUGGCGAGCGAUAAGAGCAACACCUUCCAGGGAGUUAUCUUCCAGGGAUCGAUCCGCUACGAGGCGCUGAAGAAAGUCUACGACAACCGGGUGAGCGUCGCGGCUAAAAUGGCUCAGCGGAUGUCGUUCGGCUUCUAUAAAUACAACAACAUGGAGUUUGUGAGGAUGAAAGGUCCGCAGGGCAAAGGUCACGCUGAGAUGGCAGUCAGCCGGGUGCCCACGGGUGACACGUCGCCCUGCGGCACCGAGGAGGACCAGGUGUCACCCAUGCACGAGAGGGUGACGUCGUUCAGCACGCCGCCGACCCCCGAGAGGAACCGGCCGUCCUUCUUCUCGCCGUCGCUGAGGCGUAAAAUGCCCCGAAACCGAAUCGCCGAGAUGAAGAAGUCUCACUCUGCCAACGACAGCGAGGAGUUCUUCAGGGAGGAGGAAGACGAAGAUCUUCACACAGCGACCAACCUGCGCUCUCGCUCUCUGUCGGGAACCGGUCGCUCUCUGGUCGGGUCGUGGCUCAAACUGAACCGGACCGAAGAUUUCUUCCUGUUGUAUUCUCACCUGACCUACGUCACGCUGCCGCUGCACCGCAUCACCGCAGACAUCCUGGAGGUGAGGCAGAAGCCCAUCCUGAUGACAUAGCAGAGCUCACAUCUGUCCUCAUCGUUACCAAGUGCCUCCUGCAUCAGGCCGCUGAGGCGACGGCGCCCCCUGCUGUCCAGCCCGAGAACAACAACCAGAACAUCUGCUUCAGCUGGAGGACGUUCAGAGGGACGACACACA